AUUUAUUCAGAACCUAUGGGCAGCAACAGCUCUCUCUCUCUCUCUCUUCCAGUCUACUAAUAUCUUGACACAUACAUAUACACGCACUCGUAGCGAAAAACCACAGAACCCAAGAGCAGAGCACUGCGCGUCCGUCAAUUCCUUCUCGGGAAUGUCUCCGACAAAAGGAGAAUGGGUCAAGUUGGUGCAGCUCCUCUUAACAAAAUUAUCAACGGAAUUUGAGAGGACUUCCGACUGCAUGCUUGACCAGAAGGGAAUUGGUCCUGGAGCCAGAAGCUCCCAUGCCAUAGCAGUAGUAGGGCAAAAGGUCUAUGCCUUCGGGGGCGAGUUCACGCCUCGCGUCCCGGUCGACAACCAGCUCUAUGUGUUCGACCUUGGGGACCUCACCUGGUCCUUGGCCAGUGCCACGGGUGAUGUCCCCCCUCCACGAGUUGGCGUCACGAUGGCUGCUGCUGGGGCCACCAUUUACGUGUUUGGAGGCAGGGAUGCCACGCACAAGGAGCUCUGCGAGCUGUACUCCUUUGAUUCCUGUACCAACAGGUGGACCCUGCUGUCCAGCGGAGAGGCUGGGCCUGCCCACCGGAGCUACCACUCCAUGACUGCCGAUGGUCGCCAUGUAUACAUCUUCGGUGGCUGUGGCGUUGCGGGCAGGCUGAAUGACCUGUGGGCAUUUGAUGUGGUGAACCAGAAGUGGGCCCAGUACCCGUCACCAGGAGAGAACUGUAAGGGCAGGGGCGGCCCCGGGCUUGCUGUGGCAGGCGGUAAGAUAUGGGUCGUGUAUGGUUUCUCUGGGCAGGAAAUGGACGACGUCCACUGCUUCGACCCAGCGAGUGGCCAGUGGGCCCAAGUGGAGACCUCCGGGGAGAAGCCUACAUCCCGCAGUGUCUUCUCGACCUUCGGGAUUGGCAAGUACAUAUACAUCUACGGCGGGGAGGUGGACCCUAGUGACCAGGGCCACAUGGGAGCCGGGAAGUUCUCGGGUGAGGGUUAUGUAUUGGACACUGAGACCUUGGCUUGGAAGAUGCUGGAGGAUAGGUUUAAGUCGAACCAGGGUGAUCACCCAGGGCCCCGAGGAUGGUGCGCAUUCGCGAGCGGGGAGAGGAGCGGCAAGAAAGGUAUGGUUGUGUACGGUGGGAAUUCCCCUAGCAAUGACAGGCUUGAUGACAUAUUCUUCUUUACCCCUACUGUCAUCGAGACCUAAUUUGGACGUGCGCCAUCGUCGAGCCUUGUUAAUGAAUAAUGUUGCGUUUGUAUGUUCAGUCUAUCAGUUAUCAAACGCAAGCGCGUCCUCGAAUUGACCCUGACCUCUGUCGUGAACAAAAGCGGUCUUAAAACAUCUAUACGAGGUUUCCUGUUUUAUGUCGAGUCCGAGAAAGCACGCUUGCUUUAUGUAAUCCUGAAGGGUGUAGAAGUCUCGAGCGGGCGAGCUGUCGAGACUUUUAGUUUAGUCAUGAUUUUCUUAUGGAUUGGACGUUUUCAUUACUA